AUGGGACGUCCUCAGAAAAGUCCAAUCACAUUCGGGAACGAUUUGAAAUGUGGCCAUUGUGGAAAAUAUUAUGAGUCUCGUCAAAAUAUGAGAAGCCAAUUGAUUCGACAUGGUCAACGAGUGUUUAAAUGUGAAAUCUGUUCAGAGUCGUACCACACCAAGCGCGAGUUACAACGACAUUCGGUUCAUCACUAUCAAAAGCAUCGAAAAUGUUUCACAUGCAUCGCAGUGUCCUGUGAAUCAAAAUUCGACAAAGUAUACAAACUUCAGCUUCAUUUGAAAAACGACCAUAAUAUGUCAAAGACAAACUACAUACAGUGCAAAAAAUGUGAUUUUCACUUUGCUUGUCCAAAAAGUUUUAACUAUCACUACGUGCUUUAUCAUAGUGAUAUUAAUAUCAACUCUGCUCAUUUACCAGAGAUCAAAAGAGACUCACCAGUAAAAGAUGAAAAUCAAUCACCGAAAUCAGAAUCUUCAAAAGUGUCAAUCUACCGUUCGCCACGUUCCGUUCCUGCAGCACGCCAGACUUACCAACCAGGAAUGUUCAUGCCAUACCUAGCAUUAAUGCAAGUUCCGGUGGAGAGUUCUGCUGAACAAAUCGGAUAUCCAAGGAUUUCAGUUACAAGAAAUGAUGAACAAUGUACACGCGGAUCGAUUACUAGGUUCGGAAUUCCCCCUACAUUCAAUCUGAUUCCAUUCAUUCCAUUGGUUAUCCCGGACUUCCCAAUUCGUCAAACACAAAUCCUGCUAAUUUAUCUCAACUAA